AUGUCUGACGACUCUCUGCUUCCUACUGAUGACGAAAUCAUCGCUGCAGCUGUACAGCACGCACGAGAAAGGCAAAUCGGUACACCACAUAUAGGGACUGGCUUCCCUAUCUUACAGCACGGUCAGCCAGUGGCUUGGGUUAAAUAUACCGGAGAACCGGAUGGCCUGGAGCGCGAGGCUGCCACGCAAGCAUACGUCUAUGAGACACUUAAUCAGCAACCGGCAUCGUUAGAAUUUAUUCGUGUCCCCGACGUUAAACGCAUUAUUCGAAGCGAUGACCCGCCCUAUGUGUUGGUUGUGAUGGAGUAUGUACAUGGCGACACGGUUCGACAGUGCCGAGAGAGAGAAACCACAGAGGAAAGGAAAGAUCGCUUCUGGGGCCAAGUUUUUUGCGCUCUUAGCACCUUACUCAACUUCCAGCCACCACCAAACACGCCUCCUGGGCCUGCUGGCGGCGGUAAAUUUUCACAUUUGGUUUUCGGGGAAUAUGGUGAGCCAGAAAUGGCACCCAGAGAUUUCAACUCGGCACAAGACCUUGAAAACUACAUUGACGAGACUAUUCAACUUUCGGAAACGAAUCAAACAGCCCUCAGUCACGUCAAUGCGCAGCACGUUCGUCGCGAACGGCAGUUCUGGCGCCCACCGCCGCCACCACCACCGCCACGACCCUAG